AUGGAUCCCUAUCAACCUCAACCGCCACAACCAACUCAUGAAGCCCGCUUUCACUACUCUAAACCGGGCUACGCUCAACCUUCACUUUACCAACAGUUCCCUCCACAUCCGUCAGUGAGAGUACCCCCGAACGUGAAGCUGAGCGCCCGCCAAGUUCCUGUCGGUGUGGGAACUGCUCCUCCUCCCGUCAGAUAUGAGAGUCCCCCUCGUCAGCAACAGCAACAGCAGCAGAGAUCUACGGGGAAUGGGAUGUUGGUUCAAAAUUUCAGAUUCCCUAUCGCCCCGCCCAUACCAACAUCAUCAGGAAGAACGAGGCAAGACCCCUCCCAAUCGCCCGGUCGCAAGUACAACAUGCAUCAAUCCUACAUGUCAUCGGUGGUGGACGAAUUCUCUACGCCCGGAACAACCCCCGGAUCAAGAUCAAGGGGCUUCCCAACUCCAACCUCUAAGCGAUAUUCGGGUUCUGUGUAUGCUGAGAGCGAUAUUCUAGGGCCUGAAGAGCAGCUUGAUCAAGAUGGUUUUGAUUCCGACACAGAUCGACCCGCUUCGGCCGAUCCAAUGCCGCAAGUAGUGCGGCAAGCGAGUAUCGGGAAACGGGCCAGGCCUGCAAUCACGACCAUUAAGAAUCGAGAGAGCCAAAUCCAGCAAGACAUUCCAGAAGAUUUUCCGGCUCCUCCCACUCACGUGAACAAGAAAACAACAAUGGAAGCCCUCAGUGCAGCGGUGGCUGCUGGCAUGGGCACCCAACCUCUUGAAUCUCGUUCAGGUACUCCUGUAUCUCGAAGUUACACUCCUAUCAGGAUGCCCUUUGACACAUCUCCUCCGCUCUCUCCCUCCGCCGAUAGAGAAUAUUUGCGGACGCCAAAGUCUCCGAAUACAAUCGCAUCAGGAAUGAUGCUUGCUCGGACACCGACCUCGGGACAUUCUGAAAAAUCCACGAAUAAUCUGCUCGGCUUGGGUAUCGAGCAGUCUGCAAUGAGCGACAAGAUCCCCGCCAGCCGACGGCCGCCCAGGUUGGAUAUGGACGCAGUCAGGGAAGCCGAAAGCCGUGGCAGCACAACCAGUCUGGCAGACUUGAUCAGACGAGCAACGAAGCUUGCCGCCAAUCUGGAUAGAGGAAAGACAGCAAGCCGGCUAGGCAUGCUGGACAUGUGGGGCAGCGGUGAAAAACUGGGGCCUACAAAUCGCCAUUCCACCAUGUCUGACAUGCUAUCAGCUUUUCCUGCUCCGGCUAUAGGUGGCACUCCAACAAAACGAGAUACUGUCUGGCCCCUAAGUGAAAAGGGCGAUGGCUACGCUUCAACCACGGAUCUAUCCAAAAGCCACCACCGAAAGCAACGGCGGAAAUGCUGCGGCUUAUCAUUACCUGUCUUUAUCGUCGUCCUCAUCGUCCUCAUUAUUCUCAUUGCAGCCGCUGUAUUAAUACCCAUAUUCUUAAUUCUUGUACCAAAACAACAUCGAUCUACCAACCUCAGCGACUGUGCAGCCAGCCAUCCUUGCCGGAAUGGUGGCACCAGCAUAGUGAGCAACGACGCUUGCGUCUGUGUCUGCUCGAACGGCUUUACCGGAAGUCAGUGCGAAACGCCUGGAAACGCAGCCGAUUGUAUGACCAUUACGUUGAAUGAUGGCAAUAACGAGUACAAAAAUGCAACGCUGGGUCUAUCAAUACUCCCAACCCUUUCGGAUGCACAAACGCGAUUCGACAUCGCACUAAAUGUCUCAACGAUAUUAUCACUUUUCUCAUCCAACAAUCUAUCAUGUACAAGUGAAAGUUCUCUUGUCGAUUUCAACUCGAGUGUUUCGAACCUGGGAACGAGGAGAACGAGACGGUUUAUCAUGUUACCUGGCUUUGAGCCAGAUCCAGCUGUGCUUCACGGCGAUCCUCACUUGCCUCGGGUCACGGCGCGUGCAGAAGCAGAUUGCUCGGAACCAUCCCUUGAGAGAAGGCAAGACGGUGGGGUCGCAGGAACUUCCACCUCGAACGGGAUUGUCUUCCAAGCAAGCUCGCCAACCAUAGGACCUAUCAGUCCCACUGCACCUGUGGUGACUGGUGCCUCAACUGUUACAAGCGUGAGUGCGACGACGCACGCGGCUAGUUCGGUCACCACGUCGGCGUCAGAGUCCCCAUCUACCACAACCAGUGGGGCGUCUGAACCUUCGUCAUCAGCCAUCAGCAGCGAAGCGCUCGACUUCGCCAGAGUUGUGGUUCUCUUUGUUCUCCAAGAAUCCCGAUCCAUGAGUGUGGCCGUCAAUUCCCAACAGCGCAUAGAAUCGUUCUUUACUCAACAGGCAAAUGGUAAUACUACGUCUGAGAAAGUGGAUGUUGGGUUGGGAAGCUUGCCACUCACAGCGGAUUUUAACCAGUUCACUAUCAUCGAAGGCAAUGGGGAGGUAUUGGGUGGACAGGAAGGUUCAGGGUCGACAUGA